AGAGAAGGAGCUGUACGAAGAAAGAAGAGCCAAGAGCUUCAAACAGCCAAGACAACACAAUCAAGACACAACAGAAGCAGAUUCCGACCUUUACUCCUUCAACAUUCUAUUUAUCAGAUCUUCACAUACUAACCUUUCGUUUUAACAACAUUAAAAGGCUAAUGGGUUAUUGGUACAACCUGCUUGCUUCCUCCAUCUGAGGAACAAGACGGUGCAAUCACACCAGCCUAUUUAGUCUUAAUUCAUUUAUUGGGUUUUUUUUUUCAAUUCUGGCUUUUUACUUGUGGGUAUCCAAGAUCAAUCAUUGUUGAGACCUCAAGAUGUUGAUACCAAGAAGGGCAUUUAUCCUUUUGAUACUCUCCUUGUUCGUCGUAUCGGUUUUCUCUCAUGACAAGAAAUCCAAAAAACAGGAUGUGACUUAUGAUGGGAGAUCCUUGAUUGUCAAUGGAAAGAGAGAGCUUAUCUUCUCUGGUUCAGUCCAUUACCCCCGUCUUCCUCCGGAGAUGUGGCCCCAAAUCCUUAAUCUAUCUAAGCAUGGUGGGUUGAAUGCAAUCCAGACUUAUGUGUUUUGGAAUGUUCAUGAGCCUCAGCAAGGUCAGUUCAACUUUGAAGGGAACUAUGAUUUAGUAAAAUUCAUCAAAAUGAUUCAAGAACACGGUAUGUAUGCGAUCGUCAGGAUUGGACCCUUCAUCCAGGCUGAAUGGAAUUUCGGGGGGUUUCCAUAUUGGAUGAAAGAGGUCAACAACAUUACCUUUCGAAGUCAUAAUACACCAUUCAAGUAUCACAUGAAGAGGUUCACCAAGAUGAUUGUAAAAAGAAUGAAGGAAGCAAAGUUAUUUGCCCCUCAAGGAGGUCCUAUUAUUCUAUCACAGAUUGAGAAUGAAUAUAAUACCAUCCAAAUUGCGUUCAAAGACCAGGGUAGUCAGUACAUUCAGUGGGCAGCAAAUAUGGCAGUGGCACAAAAAACAGGAGUCCCAUGGGUGAUGUGCAAGCAAAAGGAUGCUCCUGAUCCAGUGAUCAAUGCAUGCAAUGGAAGAAACUGUGGAGAUACUUUCAAAGGCCCAAAUAAACCCUACAAACCAUCUCUAUGGACUGAGAACUGGACUGCUCAGUACAGAGUAUUUGGGGAUCCACCAUCUCAGAGAUCAGCAGAAGACCUUGCGUACGCUGUUGCCCGUUUCUUCUCUAAGAAUGGCACUCUUGUAAACUAUUAUAUGUAUUAUGGAGGGACCAAUUAUGGUAGAACAGCUUCCUCAUUUGUUACAACCCGGUACUAUGAUGAAGCUCCUCUAGAUGAAUAUGGUUUGCAGAAGGACCCCAAAUGGGGUCACCUCAGGGACUUGCACACUGCUUUAAGAAUGUGCAAGAGGACUUUGCUUGAGGGUGUCCACAGUUUUCAAAACUUGGGUCCAGGACUAGAGGCCCAAAUUUACCAAAUUCCGGGAACCGAUGAGUGUUCAGCUUUCUUGAGCAACAGUGAUGUUAGGAUCCCUGCAACUGCAAAAUUCAGGGGCGUGGACUACUACUUACCUUCACAUUCCAUUAGUAUCCUCCCUGAUUGCAAGACUGUGGUCUACAAUACUCAAACGGUGGUUGCCCAGCACAAUUCAAGAAGUUUCAAGGUAUCACAAAAAGCUAACAGCAAUCUUCGCUGGAAAAUGUCCCCAGAAUUUAUUCCUACCAUAAGAGAUGCGACUGUGAGAGCACUGACCCCAUUGGAACUCAUGAACCAGACAAAGGAUACCUCAGACUACCUCUGGUAUACUACUAGCCUUCAAUUGCGUAAUUAUGACUUACCGAGGCGGAAUGACAUUAUCCCAGUCAUCCAGGUUUCAAAUCUUGGUCAUGCAAUGCAUGCUUUUGUAAACGGCGAAUACAUAGGAUCUGGACGGGGUAGUCACCUAGAAAAGAGUUUCACAUUCAGGAGUGCCGUGAGACUAAGGCCUGGACUUAACAAUAUAUCACUAUUGGGCAUGACAGUCGGAUUCCCGGACAGUGGAGUCUACUUGGAGCAUAGGAUGGCUGGAAUUCGCAGUGUAUUGAUUCAAGGUUUGAACAUGGGAACCAUUGACCUGACACAGAAUGGAUGGGGACACCAGGUUGGUGUGGAAGGUGAAAAGCAUCAUCUCUAUACCCAAGGAGGAUCACACAGGGUACAGUGGACUGAAGCCAAGGGCAAUGGAACUGGUCUCACAUGGUACAAGACUCACUUUGAUGCACCAGAAGGAAAAUCUCCUCUUGCUCUCAAUCUAACAAGUAUGUCCAAAGGCAUGGCUUGGGUCAAUGGUAAAAGCCUUGGGCGUUACUGGGUCUCUUACUUGUCUCCUCUUGGGAAGCCUUCCCAGUCUGAGUACCACAUCCCAAGAGCCUUCUUGAAGCCAACUGAUAACCUUCUGGUUUUAUUUGAAGAAAUGGGAGGAAACCCAGAAGGGAUCAAUAUCUUGACUGUCAACAGAGAUACUGUGUGCAGCUAUCUCACUGAAUUUCACAUUCCACAUGUGAAAUCAUGGAAAGGACCGAAUAGCAAGGUACAGACAGCUGUGGAAAGGGGACCUCAGGCUAGGUUGAAGUGCCCCAACCACAAAGUGAUUGAGAGUGUUGACUUUGCAAGCUUUGGUGAUCCUUUUGGAGCCUGUGGAAACUUCACCACUGGAGCUUGCGUUGCAUCCCAUACCCAGGAAAUUGUUGAAGAGAUUUGCUUGGGAAAGACUACUUGCACCUUACCAAUGGAUUGGAAGAAGUUAACCAAGAAGAAUGAAGAGCCAUGUCCAGGAGUUGUUAAGACAUUAGCUGUUCAAGUGCGUUGUGGCCAUAAAAAGAAGCAUUAGAGAGAGAAAGUGGGAGCAGCUGUGGUGAUGAAGCGAAAGUAAACAGGGGGAGUCUCCAAAUACAAAUGUUCUUACAGUUGAAGCCAUGCAGAAAGACUGGGUUUCCAAAUCCAAUCUGUUAUAACUAUUAUAAGGAGAAGCAUUAUGGGUUUCCAUAUACAUGAAUUGAUUCAAUUCCAUCUCUCUUUCAUUCUUUCAUUGA